UCCUUGUGCCUCCCCAAAUGUCUUGCGAUAUUGAUUUCCCCCCCUCACCCUGCGGACUGUUUUAGUUGUUUUAUUUUUCUUAUGUUUUGUGUGUAGGCAAUAUGUGACUGUAGCCUACUGCUGCCUGUCUUGGCCAGGACACUGGAAGAGAUGUUUAAUCUCAAUGAUGAUGAUUAUUAUUACUAAUCAAUAGUAGUUGGCUUACAUUUUAAAAUGUCAAUGCACUUUUCAGCCCUGAAUAACAGUAAAAGCUAUUUAAUAAUUGAUUUGCAUGCAAAGUAUACUAUACUUUCCAUUAAACAAUUACCCCUGUUACCAUAAAUUGACAAAUUUUAUCAUGCAAUCAAAUGCUCACAUACUAGCUUCUUUCAGACACACAUGUAAGUCCUGAUAUUCUCCUGAUGGGCCGUAUGUGGGACCAACAUAUCCUGACAUUUGUACCCUGAAAAUCUCCUGAAUAAUACUACCCCUGCGGUAGUUUUUCCUCCUUAGGAAAUGUAAAUUACCUUAAAUGUGAAUGAUGAGUAGAAAGUCUGUGGCUUGAUGACGGUUCUGCAUGUUAUUGAGUGGCCCCCUAAAUGAUAAUCAGCCUGUUGCCUUUUGUUUGCUGAAUAGUUAAAAAUAAUGUAAAUGUUGGCACAGCUUUUAAGAGUCAUUUGUGGUGAACUUAAUGUUAUACGUUGUACAAUUAUAAGCAAAAUGUUAUUAUCUUAGGCGCUCAGAAAUGUGUUACAUUAUUGAAUGGGGUUUCCACAUUAUUGCGAAAACUCUAGUUACAAUAAUUAGCAGCAUAAUAUGAAUCAUUCUAAUGUCAUAUCCACUGAAGAAGGUAGUUCCUGUGCUGUCUAACGGGAUUGGCCGAUUUGAGCUUGCAUGCUCAUUGGUCUCCUGACUAUAUUUUAACCGACACGAAAGUGGACGGACCCUUUAGGGAUGAGAAGGAUAGGAGAAUCUCUUCCCCUUAACCACUAUAACUUGAAUGAGCAUUGUGGGACUCCAGCAAAGACUGGUAUGGUUUCAUUGAUGAAUUUGUUGUAGGCAUUUGAAAAUGAUGAUGGAUAAUAUCUCUCUGAUAACGGUGUUUAGUCUUUCUGGGUUGAAUGAGAUUACAAACUAUGCAGUGGUUAUCUUUUUUUCCACCUUGCUUUGUUAUUGCUUGAUACUAACCAUCAACUGCGCUCUGAUUCUCACCAUUGUCCUGGACAAAAGCCUGCAUGAGCCCAUGUAUAUUCUGUUGUGUUGCCUCUGCAUUAACGGGAUUUAUGGCACCACAGGCUUCUACCCCAAAUUCCUCCUGGACCUGUUGUCUUCGUCUCACGUCAUCUCCUACAACGGGUGUCUCGUGCAGGCCUUUGUGAUGUUUUCGUUUGCAUGCAGCGACCUGUCCAUUCUCUCCGUCAUGUCCUACGAUAGAUACCUGGCCAUCUGUCGACCCCUGCACUACCACCGUUAUAUGAACAAGCUCAGGUUGUCCCUGCUGGUCUGUUUCUCCUGGUUGAUCCCUUUCAGCUUUCACGCCGUCCUCAUCACCCUUACCUCCAGGCUCACGCUCUGCAGUGCCCAGAUCCAGCGGCUGUACUGUGUGAACUGGGUCAUCGUGUUGCUGGCGUGCCCGUCGAACAACACCACACCGAGCAGCAUUGUGGUGUAUAUCACGGUAGUGGUGUACGUUUUCCACGGGCUGCUGAUCGUCUGGUCCUACAUAUACCUGGUGAGGACGUGUCGGGGCUCCAUCGAGAACAGGAAGAAGUUUAUGCAGACCUGUGUGCCCCAUCUCACCUGCAUGCUCACCUUCAUGUCAACAGUCGUCUUUGAUAUCAUGUACAUGCACUUUGGCUCCAAAAACAUUGCUCAGUCGCUGAAGAACUUAAUUUCCAUGGUGUUCAUGAUUAUAUCCCCGAUCAUGAACCCCCUCAUAUAUGGAUUCAAACUCACCAAAGUACGCAACAAGAUUCUGUUUUAUUUACAUGCAUAUAGGAAGUUGUCAUAAUUGAGGGUUCAUG